UCUCAUUUUCAAUUUAUCGCUUCAUAUCGCUAGAUCUAUUACUUGUUUGAUAUAGCCAGACAUCUGCCAUCUGUUCUUCUUAUCAGCGUUGCGAUUACCAGCUCUUCUCAGCAGAAGUAUCAACAUGACUCUCCCUACUCACAGCCCCCGAUUGCCACCACUGCUGCACGCAGACGUCGUGCAGACCCCUCCAAGACCGCCGUCGCCAGAGCAUCAAUUUGGCACACGCGCUGUGCAUGCUGGAGCCCACAUUGACCCCACCACAGGCGCUGUUAUCGCCCCGAUCUCGCUUUCGACUACUUUCGCCCAGUCCAGCGUUGGAAACCCAAUUGGUAUCUAUGAAUACACUCGCAGCGCGAAUCCUAACAGAGACCACUUCGAAGAAGCCGUCGCGGCGCUUGAGCAUGCCCGGUUCGCCCUCGCCUUCUCCUCCGGCUCGGCCACUACAGCCAUCGUCCUUCAGUCCUUAGCAGCCGGAUCGCAUGUGAUAUCCGUGUCGGACGUCUACGGCGGCACCCACCGCUACUUCACCAAAGUCGCCGCUGCACACGGCGUGCAUGUCACAUUCACGCCCGCCAUCGAGGUUGACAUCGAGGGGCUGAUCAAACCGAACGACACAAAGCUGAUUUGGAUUGAAUCCCCCUCUAAUCCUACCCUUGGCUUGGUCGACAUUCGCAAGGUGGCGUCGAUUGCGCAUCGUCACGGGAUACUGGUUGUCGUGGAUAACACUUUCUUAAGCCCAUAUAUUCAGAAUCCGCUGGAUCAUGGGGCUGAUAUUGUGGUUCAUUCGGUGACGAAAUAUAUCAAUGGUCACUCGGAUGUCCUCAUGGGCGUUGCCGCCUUCAAUGCUAUCGACCUCAAGGAACGUCUAACGUUCCUCCAGAACGCCAUCGGUGCCGUGCCCUCUGCAUUCGACUGCUGGCUCGCGCACCGCGGCCUAAAGACUCUCCAUCUCCGCGCUCGAGAAGCAACCAAAAACGCUACAACCGUCGCCAAGGCCCUCGAAGCCUCUCCAUUCGUCAAAUCUGUCAACUACCCGGGCCUCGACUCGCAUCCGCAGCGCGCGAUCGCCGUAAAACAGCACCGCGACGGGAUGGGCGGCGGCAUGCUCAGUUUCCGCAUCCAAGGCGGCCACGAAGCUGCCGAGCGCUUCUGCCAAAACACACGUGUUUUCGUUCUCGCCGAGAGUCUGGGUGGGAUCGAGAGUCUGUGCGAGGUUCCCUCUAGCAUGACGCACGCUGGCAUCCCCAAGGAACAGCGCGAGGCAGCCGGCGUGUACGACGAUCUAGUUCGGUUGAGCUGCGGAAUUGAAGAUGCGGCGGAUUUGAAGGCGGAUGUUUUGAAGGCGAUUGAAAAAGCUGCUACCUCGAUUAAUGGAAGCAAAUAAUAUAUCUGCUUGGGUAAUAUAAAUAGAUUUGGAUGGCGUUAGCAUAAGUGUUUA